AUGAAGAAAAUUAUUUCAGAGAACUUAUCUCCUGAAGAGGCAAAAACUCUCUGGAAAUAUCUUGAUGAUGCUUGCUAUCUGAUCGCUGAACAUCAAACUAAACAACUCUCCUUUGCUGAAUUGUAUCAGCAUGCUUACAAGUUGAUACUUAAUAAGUUCGGAGAUUUCGCCUAUUCUUAGUUGCAAAUCUCCAUUCAUAACGUUGUGGAUAAACUCAUCUCGCCCCUAAAUAUUAGCAAUGAUGAUUAAUUAUUGUAUGAUUUUGUAUAGGCCUUUGAAGAAGUCCAGCAUUUUAGUAAAUUAUUGGCAGGCAUUCUACUUUACAUGGAAAAAUCCUAUAUUCUCUAGAAAUCUCUCAAGACUAUAAAAACUAUUUGCAAUGAAAGUUUUAAAAUUAAGUGCUUUGAGAAGGACCAAAAUCUAGCUAAUAAACUACUCAAUUGUUUCCUUAGUCAAAUACGCAACGAUAGAAAUUCUCAAUUCAUUGAACAUUUUAAAUUGAAAAAAGCAUUAUAAAUACUAAUUGAUCUCAAUCAAGAACAACAGAUCAAAAACAAGGAAUACAAUUACACGAUUGAUUAUAGAAUCAAUGACGACUUCUACAAACACUUUCUAGAACGCAAACUAAUUUAAGAUUCUAGGAGCUAUUUUAAAGAAGAGAGUUAAUCAAAUCUUAAUAAAAUGACUAUUGAAGAAUACAUACUUUUUGUUGAGAAAAGAUAUUUAGAUGAAGUAGAUAGAGUUCAACAUUAUAUACCUAAAAUUUCACAUCAAAAAGUUUUGGAUUGCUUUAUCAAAAUUUAUAUCACCUCCAAUGCACAACACAUCUCGUAAGGACUUUAUGAUUUUAUUGAAAAUGAAAAAACUGCCAUUAUCAUUAUAAUAUUUCAAUUAUUUGUCAAAAGCGAGGAAUUCGAUUUAUUUGUAAAAACAUUUUCUUAGAUUAUCAUUGAUGAUUUACAAAUAUUGAAUUAGAAUGCAAACACUUUACAAGGAUUCAUUAAAUUAUAUGAGAAGAUAUUCUCCUUAUAUGAUAAAAUUGCUCAAUAUGGGAACAAUGAGCAUCAAUAUAAAUUUCAUAAAGCCAUUAAAAAUGCUUUUGAGUAAGUCAUUAAUAAAGACAAUUUUAUAAUGAUGGAAUUGAAUAUAUACUUUGAUUUCUUAAUGAAAAAGGAGACUUUGAGAGAUGAAGAGAAAAAGCUACAAAUUGAUAAGGGGUUUCUCAUUUUCAAAUUAGUUUAAUCAAAAGAUGAAUUCGAAUAAAUUUAUAGGAAACACCUAUGUGUUAGAUUAUUAGACUAAACUUAUAGUUCUUUGGAAGUCGAAAAAGAUUUACUGAAGAAGCUGAGAUUAGAAUGUGGAUCAGUCUUGACUCACAAAAUGGAAACCAUGUUCAGCGAUUUGGAAAGAAGUAGUGAGGAUAGUUAAAAGUUUAGACAGAAAUUGUCAUAAAAUUAAAGAGAUUCCAUUGAUUUAGACAUUCUAGUUCUUACGUCUGAAUAAUGGCCAAUUACUGACUCUUAACCAAUUAUAAUUCACACAGAGUUGUUGUUAUGGCAAUAAUAAUUCACUCAAUAUUAUUAGAGCAAGAAUUCAAAGAGAAAAUUGUCAUUUAACUAUGGAUUAGGCUCAGUGUCUCUUAAAGCUACUUUUGAUUAAAAUAGUAAAAAAGAUUUUGUAUGUUCUGUCUUUCAAGCAACCAUUUUAAUGCACUUCAAUAAAUAACGUGUCUAUAAGGUGGAUGAAUUGAUAAAAUUAACAAACUCAGACAAAGAAAUAAUGUAAUAUGAAUUGGAAAAUCUUUUAUAGUUUAAAUUAUUAAUUUAGAAUGAAGAAGAGAAUUCAUUACAACUAAAUUAGAAAUUCCAAAAUCGUAGUUAUAAAAUUAAAGUUCAACCAAAAAAGCAAUAAUCGAUGGCUUUAUGUUCCAAAUAAAAAGUUAAAUGUUAGGAACUCUAAUUAGAUUCAAAAGAAAUUGCAUUAGAUAGAAGAUUCUCAACGACAAAAAAACAAUUGGAUCACAAAGAUUUAUUUAAAUAUAUUGACAAAGAUGCUAAGACCAGACACUUUCCAGUUGAAAUUCCUUUUUUUAAGGAAUGCAUAGAAAAUUUGAUUCAAAAAGAAUAUUUAAUAAGACAAGAAGGUUAAUUAGAUACUUAUAUCUAUAAAGCAUGA